AGAAACUGAAGCAAAAGAAGGCGGGAUAAAUAGAAUCUGUGAUAUUGCAGUAACCCAGGUAGCACAAAGGGAGAAAGAAUGGAAACGGUGUGUGAGAAGGGGGGCAUUGCAACAGCAUUGAACGCAAAGAUAUAUGGAAAUGGGAGUGAAACGCUGGUUCUGGCACAUGGCUAUGGUGAAGACCAGAGUGCAUGGCAGCUCCUCCUCCCUUUGCUUGCCUGCUACUUCAAAGUGGUGGUCUUCGACAUGGUUUUCUCCCCAAACCUUAACCCCAAGCUUUAUGAUCCACAGAGGUAUCAGACGGAUUUCAAGGGGUAUACAGAUGACUUGGUCUGCUUCCUGGAUCACCUCCAUCUCCAUAACACUAUUUAUUUAGGUCACUCCAUGGCUGCCAUGAUUGGAUGCUUGGCUUCAAUCAGGAGGCCUAACCUAUUUACCCAUCUUAUCCUCCUCAGUGGCUCCCCUAGGUACAUCAAUGAUGGACGAUACUACGGAGGCUUUGAGAGAUCAGAAGUCAAUGAGAUAUACAAAAACAUUGAACAAAAUUUCACGGGUUGGGUACAAAAUUUUGCACCAAAAGCUGCGGGACAAAACAAUACAGCCACCGGAGCUAAGUUCGAGAAAACCUUAGGGAGGAUGAAACCAUACAUUGCAUUGAGUGCUGCUAAAACUGUUUUCUCUAGUGAUUUCAGACACAAGUUACCUCAAGUAAUGGUUCCAUGCACAAUCAUUCAGUCCAAGAAAGAUGUUAUUGUCCCUCAAUCGGUAGCAUUUUACAUCAAAAACAAUGUUGGUGGCGAUGCCACAGUCAAGAUACUAAAUACAGAAGGGCAUUUCCCCCAUCUAUCAGCUCAUAAUUUACUAUUUAGGGUUUUAAAAGAGACUAUUCAAAUAAAAAAUUAGAAGAAACUAUGGAUCUAAUUUCUUCCUCUAUACGAGGGCUAUUUUAAUGCAAAUUUAAUGUUAUCUUGA